UCUAACUUCAUCAACUUAAUAAAAAAACACAUACAUAUCGCUAUUGGCUACGUUUUUAUUUUUUCAAUAAUCUGAUUGUUUUGCUACAUUAAAAAGGCCUUCAAUUGAGCUAGUUUGAACCAUCUCUCUCCAUGGCAACUACAACUACAACUACAACCACAGCCUUGGUGUGUGCAUUGUUGAGUUUACUUUCCAUCUCACACAGCGUCCAUGGAAUCAAGAGAUGGCCUGGUGGUGGCUCCACAAGAUACUACGAUUUCAAGGUGCAAACGAAGAGGGUGACGAAGCUGUGUAGUAGCAAGGAGAUCGUGACCAUUAACGAAAUGUACCCAGGCCCGGUAGUUUACGCUCAAGAAGAUGAUCGAGUCAUCGUUCGAGUCACCAAUCUAACGCCUCAUAAUGCCACAAUCCACUGGCAUGGGGUUCGCCAGCGGUUGUCGUGCUGGUUCGACGGCCCUUCUUACGUCACGCAAUGCCCCAUCCAACCCGGGCAGACUUUCAGUUACGAGUUCACUCUGGUUCAACAAAAGGGCACCUUUUUCUGGCAUGCUCACUUCUCCUGGCUUCGGGCAACCGUUUAUGGCGCCUUCAUCGUUUACCCCAAACCCGGAGUCCCCUACCCUUUUCCUUACCCGUACGAGGAGCAUAUUAUUAUACUAGGGGAAUAUUGGUUGAAAGAUGCUCUAAAGCUCGAGCAGGCAGUUUUGGCCAGCGGUGGAGGUGCUCCGAAGGCUGAUGCUUACACGAUCAACGGCCACCCUGGCCCUAACUAUAACUGCUCCGCCAAUGAUGUCUACAGGAUCAACGUGGUGCCUGGGAAGACCUACCUGCUGAGGCUGAUCAACGCAGGAUUGAACACAGAAAACUUCUUUGCAAUCGCCAACCACAAGCUCACCAUAGUAGAAGCAGACGCAGAGUACACCAAGGCGCUGCCCACGGACAAGGUGAUGCUCGGUCCGGGCCAGACCCUCAAUGUCCUCGUCACAGCAAAUCAGCCCAUAAGCAGAUACUCCAUGGCUGUUGGGCCGUACAUGUCUGCUAGAAACGUACCCUUUCAAAACAUAACCUCAGUUGGGUAUUUUCAGUACCUAGGUGCAACACCAAACAGCAUAUCUUUACCAGCCAUGCUACCUAGGUUCAACGAUAAUCUUGUCGUUAAAACUGUAAUGGACGGGCUCCGGGGUCUGAACACCUCGGAUGUUCCUAAAGUGAUUGACAAGAACUUGUUUGUCACCAUAGGUGUGAAUGUGCAGAAGUGUAGUAGAAAAAACCCAAAGAAAAACUGUAAAGGGACCAAUGGGGGGGUGUUUGCUGCUUCCAUGAACAAUAUAAGUUUUAUUAGGCCUAAUGUUUCACUUCUAGAAGCUUAUUACAGGGAUAGAGCAGGCAUAUUCACAGAUGAUUUCCCUGGGGCACCCUUAAAAUUCUAUGAUUUUGUUAACGGUGCGCCUAACAAUGCUCCUAUCGACACCAACUCUAUGAAUGGGACGAGGGUAUUUGUGCUCGAAUAUGGGACAAGGGUUCAGCUCAUCUUGCAGGAUACUGGAACUGUCUCGACUGAGAAUCAUCCGAUUCAUCUUCAUGGCUACAGUUUCUAUGUCGUGGGCUAUGGCACGGGAAACUACAAUCCAGAUACUGCUAAUUUCAACUUGGUGGAUCCACCCUACAUGAACACCAUUGGCGUGCCUGUUGGUGGAUGGGCAGCAAUUAGAUUUACAGCUGACAAUCCAGGGGUCUGGUUUAUGCACUGCCAUCUGGAGAUACAUUUAUCAUGGGGUUUGUCUGUGGCGAUUAUCGUCAAGAAUGGGCAAGGACCUCUGGAGACCCUCCCGCACCCACCAGCUGAUUACCCUCGGUGCUAGAAGCUUUGUUUGUAUCAAGAAUCACCAGAAGGACUUUCGUUAUUUUCCAUGAUCAGAUUCUUUCGUGCAAGUGUGUAUUAUGCAUUUCUAUGUGUGGCUUGGUUGUCUCAAUAAAAAUCUCUCUGUUUCUAAAUCAUUUUGUUAGCUUUCUCACCUAUAAGAAGCCGUUGUUGUAACUUGUAAGUGAUGGAUGGUAAAUAUACACAUCUCAAUAUGAAUGCUCAUUCAGAAGACAAAUAUGGCAGUAUUGAAAGUAAGCUAUAAUGAUAACCUCUUCAAAAAGCAAGAUAGGAGGAAGAGAAGGUGCAGGAGAUAGAAGAUGCUAUACCUAUUAUAAAUGGAAAGUUUCUACAACAAACAUGUACAGCUAUUAAAUGCCAACCUGAUUCUUCAAGGAAUAUAAUGCUCAGAUUAAAAAUACUGAGAAUAUGGCAGUACUAUAAAAGUUACAAAGUACAUAUCAAAAGUGAACAAAACCACACAUCACCAUGGCAUUUUCAUUCUAUUUUGUCUGUUCAAAAUGUUUAAAAGAAGGCAAGAUUAAAUCAACUCUGGACCAACCAAUUGCCUAUUGUUUUUUAUUUUUAGCAUAUUCAUCUCAAGAAAUUCAAGAUCAAUAAGUGAAAUAGCUUGGUUCAUUGACAUGUGUGAGUGGGUUCUACAAACUGCAAGCAGAAUAUGCUGAAACGUACCUUAUGGAAUCAAUGCUCGCUGCUGCUCGAAGAUCAGAGCACAUGCAGAACGUAAAAGUGGAAAAAACUAUGGUUAUCCUCAAACAAUAAGAUGCAUAUUAAACCACAGUUACAGUAAGUGUAAAAAAGAAAUAGAAGAAAACUUACGCAACAACUAAGAUGAUUUAUACACAUACCUUAACAACUCAAGUUCAAGAGGGAAAAGAUCGAACCUAUUUCCUAAUUAAUUCAACAUAUCCCUCUAUUUAUAGUAGCAAAGGAGGGUACUAACUUAAUGUACUGCCAAAUACCUUGUUGUAAGUACAAUUAUUCUCUGUACUGCAACUCUAACAACACAAAGAAAGCCAAUGAAAGAUAGUCUACCAAUAUUUUAACAUCCUCUCAGUUAAACAAUGACAGGCUCACAAUAAGAUAAGAGUAACUGCGAUUUUUCAUUAAGUUACUUGAUAAACCGGGUCCUGAGGCCUGAAAACAAGUAUAAAUAGGCCCUCUGAGAGACGUGAUAUGGCAUGACGAGUCUCCUCAUUUGGAAAACAUCUUGCUCAAAUGAGUGUUCCCCAACUCAGACAUUGGAAAAUGUCACGACUGAGACACUCAUGUGAGAAAGAUGUUUUGCACAGAAGACAUACCUUCUUUAGAAGAAGCUUAAUGGAGUAAUAACAAGAAUCGGGGAUUAGUUGUGUAAGUAUUAGUCAGUUAAGGUGUAAGGGAACCAUAUAUGGUGAAGAGACUCCUGCAGCAAUCACCAAAUAUGAAGUGCAGGUAAGUUAAAUCUACAAUGAUGUCUGCAUGCAACUUCAUAUCCUUGAUUAUAACUCAAACACAUAGCACACAUCAUCAAUUCAUCAUCUCAUUUGGUGAAACCUUUCAUACAUCAGUCUCAUCUCAUCUUUCAUCACCCUUGUUUCCAAAUUCCAGAGCUAAUUUCAAAGGCAAUAGAGAGCAACAGAACCCAAAGUGAAACAUAUUUGAACUCUAUUUAUCUGCAGAAGAUCGUCAUGCAAUAUUCAAGAUGCAAAUCGAUCGAAAUAUGUACAUGAAACAAGCAUGAAUGAAGUAAGGCUGCAUGCGAGAUCUCUGUGAAUACCUUCUAAUUUCUACUUAUAUUUUGUAACUCACAAUCCAAAUAGCAUAGCAGAAGAAAACUAUGGUUAUCCAAUUGAAAUAAAACAUGGAAGUAAUUCAAGCAAAGGUCAAAACGUACCAAAAGGAAGCAUUCGAUUAUCGAAGAAUAAGCGAGCAACGAGACGCAGAGCUCAAUUUGAUAUGUUCCCCGCGCCGGCGGCAUUUUGGACUUGGCCGAC